GCAGCCAUGGUAUGAAAUUAUUUCACCCAUACAUUUUUACAGAAUCAAACUCAAUCUUGCUGUUUAAAGAACCAUCACUAAAUCUCAAUAACUCAGAUGUGUUAACAAUCUUUCGACACACACAACGAUGGUGAACGUCCCGAAGACCCGCAGGACCUACUGCAAGAAGUGCAAGAAGCACCAGCCCCACAAAGUGACCCAGUACAAGAAGGGAAAGGACUCCCUCUACGCACAGGGUAAGAGGAGAUACGACAGAAAGCAGAGUGGUUACGGUGGUCAGACAAAGCCUAUUUUCAGGAAAAAGGCUAAAACUACAAAGAAGAUUGUGCUGAGGCUGGAGUGCGUCGAGCCCAACUGCAGAUCCAAGAGAAUGCUGGCCAUCAAGAGAUGCAAGCACUUUGAGUUGGGUGGUGACAAGAAGAGAAAGGGCCAGGUCAUCCAGUUCUAAUCUGUGGGCCAUUCUUCUGGACGCUGUCACGAUUUUCAAUAAAUGUGUUAAAAUAUA